GUUAAAGGCAACUCACUCACUGACUCAUCUCCCUACAUUAAGUUCAAGUUUACACCAUCGACUAUGCAUAUGUAAGGUUCAUAAAAAUGAGUGGAGCAUAUGAUCAUUAGGUCCCAAAUACCUCCGACACAACUACUGCAGCCAUCAUCUAUCAAAACCAUGUCGACUAUCAGCGCCCGCAGUGUGUAACACUGGGACACUAUAGUCACGUGAUUCGGCGCCAGUUAAACGUGCUUCCCAUUCAGUUGACCAGCAGGCUUCCGAGCGGUGAAUACAAGGAUUUUACUCUGUCAAGCAGGGACGACAAUGACGGAGCGCUACAGUUUCAACAGCAGAACAAAGAACACCCUCAAAUGGGAGGACUAUGUUGUGUUUGGAGGUACACUUCUCAUCCCUGCCGGGAUUGGCCUCUACCAUGCGAUCAAGGACAGGAAGAAAAACAGCCCGUCAGAGUUUCUGGUUGGAAACCGUCAGAUGGGCACUAUCCCUGUAGCUUUGUCGGUGACGGUGUCCUUUAUGUCAGCGUUGACGUUGCUUGGGAUGCCUGCCGAAGUCUACAACUACGACACGAUGUUUUGGUGGGUUGCCCUCGGCAUGGUAAUGGCCGUGGCCGGAGCAGCGCAUCUCUUUCUGCCCUUCCUGUACAGGCUUGGGGUAACCAGCGUCUAUGAGUACCUCGAACUGAGAUUUGGGAAGCGAGUUCGGAUACUGGCAUCUCUUAACUGGAUUGUUCAAGUGCUGAUGUACAUGGCCUUUGUUCUUUUUGCCCCAUCACUGGCGCUUUAUUCAGUAACUGGUCUGGACUUACGGCUGUCAAUCUCUUCUGUUGGAAUAAUAGUGACCUUCUACACAGCUCUGGGAGGGAUGAAGACAGUGUUAUGGACGGACAGUCUACAGACAAUCAUCAUAGUAGUUGGGCUCAUCUCUCUGCUGGUUCAGGGAUCCUUGGCGGUGGGAGGAUUCUCUAAGGCCUGGGAAAUUGCAAGGGAGAGGACCCGCCUCCGAUUCUUUGAUUUCAACCCCAGCCCGGGGGUGCGGCAUUCGGUGUGGUCUUUGGUUGUGGGUGGAGGAAUCAUGUGGAUGUCCUAUCUAGGGGUUAACCAAGUGCAGAUACAGAGACUCAUGUCCUGUCCUACCCUCAGAAAGGCGAAAACGGCGCUGUGGUUGAGUUCUGUAGGCCUUGUAGUCAUUGUGACUUUGUGCAUACUGAUAGGGGUGCUCAUACACGCAUUCUACAAGGACUGUGACCCAUUAAAGUUCAAUGACCUCAUAUCUAGUUCUGAUCAGUUACUUCCACUGUUUGCAAUGGACAUAUUUGCAACCACCCCUGCUCUACCAGGCAUUUUUCUAGCAUGCAUUUUCAGCGGGAGUUUAAGCACGCUGUCGUCGGGUCUAAACGCCGUUGCUGCAGUCAUGUUGGAGGACUACAUCCGGCCCUACUGCUGCAUCACCAUCACCGAUUUCCGGGCCACUGUCCUCUCAAAAUGUCUUGUGAUCCUUUUUGGAGCCUUGAGUCUGGCUUUGGCGUACGUUGUUUCAUCUUUGGGAAAUAUUCUUCAGAUUGGUUACGCAGUAACUAGCAUUUUGGACGGUCCACUGUUUGGCCUUUUUGUCCUUGGGAUGUUUUGCCCUUGCGCAAAUUCUGUUGGUGCUACCGCUGGAUAUUUCACUUCUUUAAUACUUAUGCUAUGGAUUGGUAUCGGUGCGUACCUCAACGGUGUAUCAACGCAAGUAUCCAGUACGUUUGUCAACGGCUGCAACUGGGACAUAAUUGGUGUCAAUUAUACAGGACUGCACACUGCUCACAACUUCACUAACGAUGAUGGCCAUGCUGAUGAAGAAGUAGCACCAAAGGGCUACUUAUCAAUUUAUGAUUUGUCAUACAUCUACUAUUCUGCCACGGGUAUGAUUGUCGUGGUCUUCGUUGGGAUCGUUGUGAGUCUCCUUUCACGACGGUUUUCUCCCGAAACUCCUGCAUCUUCCCAGUACAGCCGAUCAAUUCUGGACGAACUAUGCCCAUGUCUGCCUGAGAAGGUUCUGAAGGUGUUUCGCUGCAAUACACAACCAGAACAGCAGUACCAGUCGACGAAUGAAGAGAUCCCCUUUGAUGUUAUAGCCAAAGAUAUCUAGCCAUGCUGCUGUGUAUGGUAUCAAAAAUAUCUUUGGUUCUCAUUUCUUGGUUCGAGGACAAUCUUGAUAAAAAAGCAUAGUAUAAUGUGCAGAAUGGGUAUACAUCAUACAUGAGCGAUCGAUUAAGGAUCACAGGAUCCAGUCGUUACAGAAAUGUUUGUACUAAUGAUUAGAUAUGGCGAGAGCAUUCAAUAGAUUGGCUGGAUGAGUACGACCAGCGUAUGUCUAUGUAUCAUUGUAAAGGAUGUGUAAUUUGAGCUUGUAGUUCUUUGUCAUUUUGUUUUCACAAAAAGAGUUGUCUAAUGUUUAAGAUAAUAGAAAAGUCGCAUUACAUGUUAUAUAAUGAAUCGAUACAAUUUGAGUGGGUUAGAGGUGAACAUUCUUGUCCGGUUGGUUUGAGUGAGUGAGUGAGUAUGGUUUUACGCCGCUUUUAGCAAUAUUCCAGCAAUAUCACGGCAAAUGAGCUUCACACAUUGUACCCGUGUCGGGAAUCGAACCCGGGUCUUCCGGUUGGUUUGAGCAGAUGUAGCGAGCUGGUGAAUACUCGUGGUUUUCGUUGUCAUUGAUCAUGAAGAGCCCUCAAAAGAUGAUGCAGGCAAGGAAGCUUUGAUGCCGCCAGGGGUUUACGUGCAGGAUUGGUGGCGAUGAUUCAGACAUUUAUCGGAAAGAAGCUGCUGAAGUUUCUCUUCUUAGAUUUAAACUUCCAAAAGAAAUUUAUAUAGCGUAAACAAUAACGAAACUCGGUUAGCAACUGUGAACAUGAACCUUGUGAUGCUUGUGAUGCUUGUGAACACAUGAUUGGGAAGACGACGCCAUUGUUGCUGCAAAAAGGUGCCAAGAUCUUGCAAAUUCUGUGGUUGGUUCUGGAGAGUGCGCAGACU